AUGUCAUUCCAGAGCCCGCGGACUCGGUCCUCGGAUCUCGCCUCAUCGAACCCGACCGACAAGACGAAGAGUGCUCAGCACAUGCAUCCUCCGCGAAGAGAGAGCGCUGCGGCGUCGACCGCGGACGCAGCAUCACAACGACCGAGUGGCCUCAAGUCACGCGCAUAUUCGGCGCCGUUGGUUCACAGAAACCGCCUCGACGCGGCCGAACACAUGGCCGGUAUACCAGCUACAGAGCUUCCAGAAGAUGAGGAGAUUGCGGAAGACCCUUUCUUCCAGCGCUUCAACUUUCCCGAAUCUGGGCCGUCUGCGGCUAGGGAGCCAUCGUCAAGCUCAGUGGAUGGCUCGUCAGACACCGAAGGACCUCUGUCGCCUACCUUUGUCAAGAAUCGCCAACCUGGACCCUCAGAGACGGUUCCCAGUCCGAAAUCACCUGUGCAAUCUGUUGCGGUAGGUGCUGGUACCAUCUAUCUUCCGAGCAACAUGCUGACACAACCGCGAACGUACGAUUCUGUCUCAACCAUGCAGGACUUGAACAUAGCUGUUAUCGGUGCCCGUGGCACGGGAAAGUCAAUGUUCAUUCGAAGAGCUUUGAAUCUGCCCCAACCGAUCACUUCGGCUAUAUCUUCGCGAAAGAUGAGAAUUGACGAAGGAUACUAUGUUGUGCGGUUCCUAGAGAUAGGCUUCAACGACAUCCACAUUGGAGAGCUCAACCACGUAAAGUGGCCAGAGACAGUUGCGGACUAUGCAACACCGCGAAUUGACGGAGUCGUUACGAUAUAUGAUGUCACUGAUCAGGAAAGUCUCGUGAGGGUACCAGAGAUGCUGAGCGUAUUGUCGAAGAAUUCGAUGCCUUUCGUUCUUGUGGCGACAAAGUGCGACCAGCAUCCGGCACAUCGCGAUGUCGACCCUGCAGUGGUCGAAGAAAAGGCGAAGUCUUUUCUCGGAGAUAUCAAGGCUUUCCAGACCUCCGAGGCUACUCCAGACGUGGAUAAACGGUGCCUCGCUGUCAUAACGCGUGAUGCAAUAGCAGCGAAAAGACCCCGAUCACAGGCAUCAAUGGCACGACCGCGUGCCAGUUCUUCUGCUGUGCGCCAUGUUGCGCGCAAAGACGAGUGGGCUGCCCGGAAACACGAGCGGGCCAACUCCGAAUUCUCACUUUCGCGGCGUCGACCGGGUUCUUCAGAAGCCAGAGGCCACAGGUAUAAAUCAAGUGAAACUCCAGGCCACACAUUCCUCGACUUAGAGGAAUCUCCUGGGUAUGAUUCCAACGACUCGGAUAGUCCUGCGUCCGACGGUGGUCAGAGCAUAGUUUCUCGGGAACCCUCCGACGAGAACGGAUAUACAUUUAACCAACUGGUUGACCGAUUGCUAGCCCAACCGUUAUCGAAGAAUGAUUCCAAGUUUGUAUCCAUUUUUCUCGCACUGUACCGGAAAUUUGCAACACCGGGCCAAUUGCUGGAAGCGAUUUUCAAGCGUUUUGAUGCAUUAAACGAAGAUACGAAUCCGCGAGUAAUACGCAUAAUAGCCCAACUGCGAUACCUCACUGUCCUCCAACAAUGGGUCAGUUACUACCCUGGCGAUUUCGCAUACCCGACCAGCAGGAGGAUGAUUCGCCGGUUUGUCUCGAGCCUUACCGGAAAUCGGGAGUUCGCUGUGGCAGCGAGGGAGAUGAUACACGACCUGGAAGCUGUAACAGAAGAUGACGACACGGAAUGGGCGUGCAGCGACCGGCAAAGGGAGGAGCUGAACAAGAUCCCCAGUUUCCAUAACGUUCUGGAUGAGGACUCCGAAGAUGACGAGUUCUCGAGGGCGAUUGGUCAUCUUUCCGUGACCGAUAAUCGGCUGUCGAUCGCACCAAGCAUGAGAACGACGAUGACAGGAGCAUCACGGUCUACGGCCACUUCCACGGCAAGCUCAGCCCAGACUCUGCUCAACCAAGUCGAAAGGAAUGAAAAGGUGGCCAAGAUGCUUGUGCCGAACCCGACCAAGCCUCUCUCCAAGAUCCAGUGGCAUCAACUUAUGGCAGAGUCGGACGACGCCAUCGCGAAGGAGUUGACUAGAAUUGACUGGAUCAUGUUCUCGUCCAUUCGUCCUCGCGACCUCGUCCGUCACGUCAGCAUGAACGCAGAGGAGAAGAAGAAAUGCAAGAGUCUCGAGAAUGUCAAUCGCAUGAUCGAUCAUUUCAACCACGUCGCUUACUUGGUGACGAACUAUAUCCUGCUCAGGGAUAAGCCUAAACACCGCGCCUUGAUGCUGGAGAAGUGGAUGAGAAUCGCCCGUGCCCUGCGCCAACUCAACAACUACAACGGCCUCGGAGCCGUAAUGGCAGGGAUCCACGGCACCGCCGUACACCGACUAGUAGCAACACGAGAACUGGUCCCGCAAAGCACAGCGAGAGACUUCAUGAAACUGGAGAUUCUCAUGGGCACCCAGAAGUCCCACUUCGCCUACCGCCUCGCCUGGGAGAACAGCUCUGGCGAACGGAUCCCGUACAUCCCCUUACAUCGUCGCGACCUCGUAUCCGCCUCUGAAGGCAACUCGACAUUCGUGGGUGACAGGCGAUUAGCACCGGCGUUCAAUCCGCACCCUGGCGUGAGUGUUUUCCAAAGCGCACCGGGGAAUAGAGAUUCAAAAGAGGCACCUCCGGGAGGAGUGCAGGGCAAGGAGAGGAUCAAUUGGAAGAAGUUUGAGAUUAUGGGCGAGGUGAUUAUUGGCGUGCAGAGGGCGCAAGGGACGCCGUAUCCGCCGAUGGGGAAGAACGACGAAGUUAAAUCGUUGAUACUGGAUGUGAAGAUUUUGAAGGAUGAUGAUGAGCUUUACGACCGAAGCGUGCAGCUCGAAGCCGCCGGCGCCGGAGAAAGGAACAGGAGGAUCAUCAACUGGUUCCGAGAGCGUUAG